AUGAGAUACUUAAGAAAGUUCACAGGUGAUGAUAUCACUGUGGAUGAUUUGAUUCCUUCAAUUAAGGAGGUCCAAAUAGAUGAGAUUCCAAAGAUUCAACAAAAAAAAGUAAUCAAGACAAGAUUUAAUGGUAAAAAGGGUAAUCCAACAAGAAGAGUUGUUAGUACACCAAUAUUUGAUCUUGUAACUCCAAUGGAAGAUUUGGGUCUUGUGCCACCACCAAAGUUCAAUGAAAAUGUUGUAUUUCCAGAACCUAGAUCCACUGAUCAUAAGUUGAAAAUGCCAAAAAGAAGACCACCUCCAACAAGAGAAAGUUAUCCAUCAUCUACCACCAAUAAAAUAGUUCCAAAUCAACAAAAAUCAUUACCUGCUACACCACCUUUACCAAAAUAUCCAAUCAUGUAUCAUCAUCAUGAACAACGUCCUUUUCCUAAAAGAGAUAUCUCCAUGCCUGUUCAACUCUUACAUCAAAAUGCAAAUGGACUUCAUCAAAUUCAUGAUUAUACCAAUAUAAUUCAAAUCUAUGAAGAAAAUUCACCAUUUGGUUUAUAUCAAAGAGAUGUUUCAGAUCCAACAAGUCCAUUACAUCAAUCACAUUCAAACACAUCAUCACCAGAGAUUAAUUCAAAUUCUUCAUCUUCAGAUACAGCUUCAAAUCCAUCAAGUACAUAUUCAUUCAUAGAUACACCAGAAGAUGAUGUAAUAAGUAUUGAUCCAUCAAUCAUUAACAAAAGUCCAAAUUCAAAUCCAAAUGAAUUCAAAUCAAAAUUACACCCAAGAGAUUCAAUCAAAUACUUAAGAAGUUAUGAUGAUACUCAAAAAGGUUUUCAAAUCAAGACUAAAACACCACCAGUAUUACCACAACAUACAAUGAACGUCACAAAGAAAGAUCCAUAUUAUGUUUCAAGAGCUAGUUUUGAAGGUGAACGUUCUCAAUCAUCACCACAAUCACCAUGUAACGAACGUGAUACUGCUAUAUUCACCAGAAGAUCAAGAAAACUACCAUCAAUACCAGGAUCUGAGAUUGAACUAUCUCAGCCACAGCAACACCAACAACUCAAUUCAUCUCAAACACAUGCUUCUUCACCUAGAUUGCAACCUAUAACGUUCCAUCAAUUUCAGUCACCAGGUUAUAGAGGUGGGUUACGUGUUGUUAAUAGAGUUCCCAGCUGA